GACAGGCAAAGCCCCUAUAUAUGCCGCCGGGAAGCGCAUUCAUCAGUAGCGCAAUCCUUUUUCUUGCUUCCCAAGAAAGUUUGUAUCCCAAAGAGCAGAGUCGAGCCGGGAGGCGUGCAGGGACGGGGCCGCUGAGAGCCCGGGAUUGCCCUGCACAAGACCCCAGCCCCCCAUUUGCUGGGACUCUGCGAGGAGCCAUGGGAGAGCCUUUCAGCCUAGACAGAUUUUCCCCGGUACUCAACCUCUCGAGUGCCCUGCAGCCAGGCUGGAGCCUGAAUCUCUCCUCCUCCCCCGGGGACCGGCGCUGGCCUUCCCUGAGCCGGCAGGUGCGGGUGAUCUCGGCGACCGCCAUCCUGCUGCUGGGGCUGCUGGGCAAUUGCCUGGUGCUGCAUCGCCUCUGCUGCUGUGGCUGCUGCGGCCGGGGCAGGCGGCGGCGGAAGAUGGAUUUCCUUAUCGCCCACCUGGCGCUGGCCGAUCUCUACGGCUGCGGGCUGGCCCUGCUCUUGCAUCUGGCGGCGGAGCUGUUGGGGGCCGCCUGGCCAGCGGGGGACGCCGCCUGCCGCCUGCUUAAGCUACUGCAGGGCUCCGGCCUCCUGGCCUCGUCCAACGUGCUGGUGCUCAUCGCCAUGGAGCGGCACCACGUGGUGAGGCGGCCGGCUGACCCGCCGCUGCCCGCCCGGGCCCUGGCCGCGCUGGGCUGGCUGCUGGCGCUGCUGCUCGCCCUGCCCCAGGCCUUCGUCUUCAGACUCGCCUCCCGCCCCGGGGGCAGCCGCUGCCUCAGCAUCUUCGAGCAGCUGCCGCGCUGGCACGGCCAGGCCUACGGCGUGUACGGGGCCGUCACCGGCUUCUUGGCGCCCGUCAGCUUGCUGUGCUGGGCCUACGGCCGCAUCCUCCUCGCCCUCUGGGCCGCCCAGGAGGAGAAGCCGCCGGCGGCGCGGGGAGAAGACGGCAGCGGCCGCCGUCGGGGGCGGCCGGCCGCACGACCCCUGCUGCUGAGGCUGCCGGCCGCCAGCUGCCCCAUGCCCCGGGCUCGGGUCAAGACGCUGCAGCUGACGCUAGUGCUGAUCGCCCUGUUCGCGCUCUGUCGCCUGCCCCGCUUCGUGCUGGAGCUCAGCAUAGCCUUCGGGCCCGGCGGGGAGGCCCCGGCCGGGCUGCGGGAGGCGCGGGCCGCGCUCGGCAUCGUGGCGGUAACCAACAGCGCGCUGAACCCCUACGCCUAUCUGCUCUUCCAGAGCCACCGGCCCUGGGCGCGCCGUCUGCAGAGGAGCCUCUGCAGUGCGGGACCCGGCCCGACCUGCUGCUGCCCUGGCCCCGAGGGGGAGCCCCGCCGCCGGCCGAACCACCGCGCCCCGCACAGACACCGCCCGAAGGACGGGCCACCCCCCGGAGCGCAGCGCGCCGCGUUCUGCACUCCAGUGCCGCCGCCUGGCUCAGGCCCCCGGGAGCCUGAGGAAACCUCCGCCUGUGAGAGCGGCUUCUAAUCAGCCUUUCUGGGGGUGGGGGACAGAGCCCUCAAGAGGCACCCACCAGCAGGAGCAAGCAACAGGCCACCGAGGGCAGAGAACGAUAUCGUUUAAAAACAACAAGGAGUCCAGUGGCACCUUAAAGACUAACAGAUUUAUUUGGGCAUAAGCUUUCGUGGUAAA